AUGUCGGGGUUUCACCACGCGCCGCCGCUCCGGAACGAGCGGCAGCUGAAGGAAAAGGGCCAAGGCUCGUGGCUCGAGGAGCUGCUCGAAGGCAAGGACGAGGUACUGCUUUACGUGACGGCGGCUCUCGGAGUAGUUCUGCCCGGCCUGGUCUAUCUCCUGUUCCACAAGUGUCAUGCCUGCUAUCUUCGUUAUGCCAAGGUCGGGACUCCUUUCCUUUCGCUUCACAGCUGUUCCGUGUAUUCAGAAGAAGGAAGAAGAACGGCUGGCGGAAGAGUCGCGGCAGACGGAGACGUGCGUCGUCGUCCUCGGACCGUCAGAUGGACACGCCGCCAAAUGGUCUGCCAACGUCAUCGAGAAGCUGUCUGGAGAGAUGUUCCGCAAGCCGAUUCUGUGGAAGGCCGAUCAGCUCGACGUCAAGGAGCUCGCCGAGUUCAAGGCUUUUUUUUCACUUUUCCAUCGUUUGAGAUCAUGUAAACUUUAGUUUGUGGCUUUCACAGUUCUCAAAAGCUUGAAGAAAAGAAAACCUAAACAAAUUUCUACCAUAUAUUUUUACCUCCAGACUGUAACGAAAUUUGUUUCAGAGAUUAUUAGAAAUAUUGUUCAACGUAAUUUUGCUAACCGUUCUAAGAACCGGAAGAUUUUGAAGUUGAAAUCAGACAUCUCACCGACGUGCGUGUUCUCAGGGUUUCUGCAUAUUCCUAGUGGACACUUUGGCCGGCGGUUUCGCUUCUCCGGCCACGGAUGCGCUUCUGGAAUGGCUUGAAGACGUCGCUGCGGACUCUCGUCGCCGGAAAAAGGCCAAUUUCGAAGUAAUUCGGUUCGCAGUCGUCGCCUUCGGGAGCAGCGACGACGGGGAAAACGCCUUCAACAAGGUUUUUUCGAAAGAGAACCUUCAGUUCACGUUUACUGACUGCUUUCUCAAACCUUGAUUCUAUCUCAUGUUUUUUGCUCCGUGUUUGAAUGCUAUUGGUUGGAUCUAGCAAAAAAAAAAUUGAUGAGAGAACAUGGUUAAAAUUUCAAAGAGCAUUGGCUAUUAGUCUGAAGUAAGCGCUAUAUUUCGUCUCGAAAUUCGCUGGUGCUUUUUGGAGUUUAUAGUUUGCAUCUGAUAUAUCCUUUUUGUAACUAUUAAGAAACCCAGUUCUGAAACGAAUGAAACAAGAAAAAAGUUCUGCAGGCUGCCCGAAUCUUACUCAAGCGUCUGAGGAUCCUCGGCUCCAAACAGAUGAUCAACGCAGAAGUAUAUGAUACAAAUAUCGAAGGUGCGACGAUUCACAUUUCUAUCUAGUUGAGUACUUUCAGAUUCUCUGAUGGACAUGAGAUUUGCGGCGUACCUGGAGGAGCUUCUCGACGCCAUGGACCGACAUUUGCCAGGCGCGGAGCUUUCCGAAUCCGACUCCACUGAUGAUGAAGAGGACGACGUCAUCACCAUCGAGCAGAAGAAGACUCAAUAG